AUGUGCACCCUGACUGUCCCCCUGUCCCCCCAGCCCGCCGUCCGUCUGUACAUCCCCAGCCCCCCCGGGCCGGGGGUGGCCGCGGGGGGGUCCCCCCCUCCUCUGCCACCCCCCCCGGAGGAGGACGUGCUGCCCGACGUGUUCUCGAUGCUGCCCCACUUCGCCGACCUGAGCACCUUCAUGAUCCAGCAGGUCAUCAACUUCGCCAAGGAGAUCCCUGUCUUCAGGAGUUUGCCCAUAGACGCCCAGAUCUCGCUGCUGAAAGGGGCCACGCUGGAGAUCUGCCAGAUCCGCUUCAACACCGUCUUCAACGCCAACACCAAGGCGUGGGAGUGCGGCCAGCACUGCUACACCAUCCGUGACGGGGCGCUGGCGGGGUUCCAGCAGGUCUACCUGGAGCCACUGCUCAAGUUCCACGAGAGCCUGAGGCGGCUGCGCCUGCACGAGGCCGAGUACGCCCUGCUCCAGGCCAUGCUGCUCUUCUCCCCAGGCCACGCCGACAUCGCCCAGCGCGACCUCAUCGACCAGUUCCAGGAGAAGGUGGCCCUGACCCUCAAGAGCUACAUCGACCACCGGCACCCCGAGGGCAGGUUCCUGUACCCGAAGCUGCUGCUGCUGCUGACGGAGCUGCAGACGCUGAAGGUGGAGAACACGCGGCAGAUCCUGCACAUCCAGGACCUGUCCUCCAUGACCCCCCUGCUCUCCGAGAUCAUCAGCUGACCCCCAGCCGGGGUGGCACCCCCUCGGUCCCCAAGUGCCACCACGGGGGACAGAGUAAAGCUCCUUUAUUCAGCCAGGCC